UUGCAGGCCAAAUUGAUGGCUGAAGAAGCAUCCCUUCCAAAUACUACUGAUCAGGGACUCCUGAAGUCAGAUGAUAAUAUAUUUCCAGGCCAGGGUACCCCUGCUUCUGUCUGGAAGGGUGAAGGUGCAGUGGUGAGGUCCAGUUCUGUUCUUAUUGCUGCUAGAGAGACAGCUAAGAAGAGGGUUGAAGCUGCCACAGCGGCCACCAAGUAUGCUGAAAAUAUGGACUCCAUUGUAAAAGCAGCAGAAUUGGCAUCAGAAGCUGUUUCACAAGCUGGAAUACUUGUUUCAAUGGGUCAUCCUCCGUUGCUCAAUAAGCUGGUGGAGGCGGGUCCAAGUAAUUACUGGAGGCAGGCUCAAGAAACUCAGGAAGUGCAGCCUUGUAAAACUGCUGUUUUAGAAAAAGAAACUGUGGCGACUAGUGAGGGAACUUUU